AGUUGUAUCACGUGCCGUUCUCGUGCUAAACCAUUCUUCAAGAAACUUUAUACGCGUUCAAUCAAAGUAGCAUAUGCGUGAAUAAACUUGUAGGAUAUGCUCUUCGUCCUCCUGUUCCAUGACUCAUUCCCCUCUUUUUUAAACAGAGUAUAUAAAACUGAAUUAUCCACUCCUACUUUUUUCUUUUCUAAUUCGAGUACUUUCAUUAGAAUAUUCGCAUUUCAAUAAUUAAAUUUCCUCUUUUUAAUCCCCAAACAUCUAACAUCUUUUUUCAAAAUAACUGCACUAGCUAAUUCUGUUCUGCUAAUUAUUGAAGGAACAAAAAUGUAUUCUGGUUUUAGCAGGAGGAAGCGAGUUACUGACCCGUUAGACGAAAAGGUGAAGGCUCAGAUCAUUGGCUGUGAUAAACAUGAACUCGGUUACUUCAGCAGCGGAAGCGAACACAGCGCUCACGCCGAUUAUGAUGUCGCUUCUCCUAGUUUUUCCGAUCUCGUUUUCGGUUAUCCUGAAAACAAUGGCCAAAACGAGUCACCUGAAAAUGACUCAGAUUCUGAGACCGACGUAUCAAGGUAUGAAUCAACGGACACGAUUGAAGAUACUCCGAAGUCUAUUUUCCAAAGCGAUCUCGAUUUGUACCGUAAUGUAUUGGCGUCUUGUAUUGCUAAGGCAUUGGAAGUGUUUUCAUGUGCAAAAUCGAAUAAAUCGAUACUCCAGAGGAAUGUAAUGGCAUAUUUGAGAAAUUUUGGUUACAAUGCGGCGGUAUGCAAGGCGAAAUGGGAGAGUUCCGGUGGACUUGCAGCCGGAAACUAUGAGUUUAUUGAUAUUAUCAGAUUAGAUUCAGCCAAUCGGAUCGUCACUCGUUACUUCGUCGAUCUCGAUUUCGCAGCUGAGUUCGAAAUCGCGAGGCCGACGAAUCAGUAUGAAAAAUUACUACUGUCAUUGCCGAAGGUUUUUGUUGGCAAAAUUGAAGACUUGAAGCAGAUAUUGAGAGUAAUGAGUGACGCCGCGAGACGGUCGUUGAAAAGCAGAGGCCUUCACAUUCCUCCGUGGAGAAAA